AAAAGUCAACGGAAACUGUAAAGAUGAUGAAGUUCACACUAGUAGUCUGUCUGGUCGUGGCUCUUAUGCGCCAGGAGGCCAAUGCAGCCAUAAAUGUCGCUGUCGCUGACUUUGCUGUGGACUGUGGAACGACUGUAGGUGGACCAGUCAGCAUAACGUUAACUAAUCCAGACCCUGUUAACAACAAUAUUGUGAAGAUGUUCAGCAGAGAUGGCACGGCAGCGUGUACAGAUAAUGAUGCGGAUGGUGAUGACGUGUACACUAUUGCUAACGUGCGCACUGACUGUGUUGAUAACGACCCGCUUACCGCAGACAUCGAGAUAGAAGUGUUGCUCCAAGAAUUUCCCAUAAUUGUUCAACCAACGGACCCGAGGUUUACUUUCAGGUGUAUCUACACACUUGGUAUUCCUACGCUAACAGUAACCGACGCUGCUGGUAAUGUCUUUGGAGGACCUGCCACGACCGAAGAUAUUCCUGUAGAUAUACCUGGCGAUCAGACAUACACGCUUGAGUUGUUAGACGCUACAAAUGCAGUGACAACUACAGCACUGUUUGGUGACGAUGUCACUCUACAAGUUAGAAUGGGCGGGACUGAUGCUGAUGAAAAUGGUGUACAAGUUAAACAGAUGAACGUAUCAAGCGGAACGAUCAGCGUAAACAUUAUCGAUAAUUAUUGUGUGGUGGCCCCAUACGGCCCUCUGUUUGUCCAAGACGGGUUCAUCUCGGCUGGAUUAGUAGCAACAUUUCCCGUGACAUUAUUCGCUCUUGAAGGAUCAGGUUCCAAUGACGUCACAUUUGACGUUGAAGCGACCAUCUGUCCUGUCAACUGUGACGGGAAUAACUGUGGUGUACCAGGAAAGAGAAAGAGGCGAGCUGCUGACGACGAACCUACAGAAGAUGAGACCCUGAAGUUGUCGACAAAGUUAUUCGUUCUCCCAGCGGGUGUACAGUUACCGUCCUCCAGUCAUACGACUGAGGACGGCUCUAAUGCCGUCACGUGCAUGCAAAGCCUUGGUUUCAUCGUCACCGUGGCUGUCCUAGCCGUGCUGCUGCUUGUUGCCAUGGUUAUUGUCGUGUUCAUGUUCACCACCAGACGUCGUGAGCAACAGAAGCAAGGCGCAUAAACCCUCCUUAAGUUCUGACCCUGACUGACAAGAUGACGAAGAAAUUCCACACACACACAUAAUAUGGUUACCGCUCUGCACCUUGUAUAUACUUUGCCACUUAUAUAAGCUACCAUCUGUCUUUUUGCACUGGCUUCAAAUUUCUCAUCAGGCUAAAUCUAAAAAUAAUUAAACCUUUGUCUGAAUAAUAUAUUAUAAGUUGAAUGAGAGAUAACUUGGCAUGGAUACAAAACACCCUGUAUCAGGUGUAUGUAGGGGAAACCCCCACGUCAGUAGAAAUCAAAUGUUUCCCUGCUUUAUCGGACGCUAAAUAAAGGUGUAAAAUGUCCUACACUCUUACAAAGUUGACGAUUUUUCUUGUUCGGAACAACUGGUAUGGAAAAGACCUCAGCGAAACUAUCAUUUUACGGUAGUAUAUCCAACACGGUCUCUUUGAUCACGUCACAGAAAGAGGUUGCAGAAUGGAUACUCUACUUGCGGAAUGGGUAAAAAGCAAGAAAAAUAAAGUUUCGGAAAACUUGUCUUAGAUAUUAAGGCAAAAGUUCAACAUUUUUCUCAGUGUAUUUUGUAUGAAGCUAUAUAUCGACUCAAAUAA